AAAUAUAUGUUCCAUACUCGACCUCAUUUACCCACCUAUCCUCAAAAUCGCGGUAUUCAGUGUCAUCUACUCAAGCCCAUAAUAAAGGAGGGAGUGAAACUAGAAAGGCAAUUGAUCAUUAUAGUUAUGCAAUCAACGAUGAAAUUGGCAGAGGCUUUAGCAGUCGCGUUUACAAGGGAAGAGAUGAAAACACUCUUGAGCCCGUGGCAGUCAAAGUAAGGAGUAACUAAAUAUCAAGGUGAUCGACAUGAAGAUGGUUAAAUAAUCAAUUCAUGCACAACUGCUAAAAAAUGAAAUAAAUGCUUUGAAGGCAUUCAAUAGUAAAAAUAUCAUGAAACUUUUCGAUGUCUUUUAAACAUAGAAUAAUACUUACAUCAUAACUGAGUUUUGUGAUUCGGUAAUUCUAAUUGUAAUAUCUACUUCAGGGAGAUCUCAACAAUUACAUCAAGAAGAAGGGUAGAAUUGAUGAAGGCGAAGCAAUCCGAAUCUUGCAAUCAGUCGUGAGUGCUGUCAAUGAAAUGAAUCAGAAGGGAUACAUUCAUAGAGACAUCAAGCCAGCAAACAUUCUUAUUGAUAAGAAUCUUCCAAAAUUAGCUGACUUUGGUUUUGCUGUGCCUGCUCAUGAAGCUCGAUUGUAAGGGAAGAAUUUCAAUGUAGGAACUCCACUUUACAUGUCUCCCCAAGCAUUGAGACAACAAGGUCACACUGAAAAAGGAGACGUUUGGGCUAUCGGUGUCGUCUUCUUUGAAAUGCUGUAUGGUAAUGCACUUAAGCCUAAUGUCUAGGUAGAACACCAUAUAAUGCCUCCUCAGAAGCUGCCUUGAUAUCCAAUAUCAUGCAUCAGUCUUUGGUGAUUCCUUCUUCUCCCCCUGUAUCAGACAGGGCCAAGGACUUUAUCAGAAAAUGCCUCUCCGUAGACGAGAACAAACGACUAAGAGUCAAAGAGAUGGUUCAUCACGAAAUAAUCGAAUAGAGAGCCUUAACACCUGUUGAAAGGGCUCCCCCCAGGAAACCCUUUGAAGAGAUUACGAAUCUGAACAUCCCAACAGAACCUUCUUAGAUUUAAAAGUUUAAGCGCUCUCAAAGUCAAGGAGUCAAAGAGGUUCCAAUCAAGGAAUACAAAACUCAAUAAAUUGAAGAGAAGAAGAAGCAACAUGAGGCCAAACAGAAGAAAUUAUAGGAGCAGAUUUAGAGAUCAUCUAGUUAAUAGCAGGCACUUCAACCACAAAAAAUUACUAAGACUAGUGCUUUUGAAGAAUAACCACUUCCAGUUUAGAAAUAAAAAUCUAUUAGUUUGGAAUUCAAAACUAAUAAUGAAGUUCUAUUUAGUUAAAUCAAUUUUUGUAGAUUCUUAUACAAAUUCUCAUAAAAUCUCGCUAGUUGCAAAGUAAUCUCAACAGAAAUCAGAGACAAACUGUUAUUUUUGAUGGGUAAGAAUAUUGCCUUAAAAAUAAACAAAUUGGCAACCAUUUUGGAUAAGGAAAACAAAUCGGUUAAUAUCUUUUAGUUAGAUGAUUAUGAAGGAUACAAGAAGAGCGAAUCUCAUGGCAAAUUUAGUUAAGCCAUCUCCGAAUAUAAUGACAAAUACAUGAGACAUUUCGAAAAGGUGUUGAAACUUGCAUCUAAGAAUGGUAUCUGUUUCUAAUUCAUAUUUAAGAAUUCUAAAAAGAUUAAUUGAUUGGAUGCCUUUGUAAUAAUGACAUUACAGAGAAUGACUCUUUCUAUAAGAUUGCAUUACAAUACUUAAAAUAGAGUAUUAAUGAAAUUAAACAACAUUUUAAGUCUGUUUCAGGCCAAAAAGAGUAGUUGUUGCCUGAAGAAGUAAACUAUUCAACUUAAUCGUAGCUGUAAAUGCCUUCAUUCAUACUUUUCGGUCUUCAUGGGUAUUAAUAAUUGAUUUCGAAAACAAUGGAAAAUUGGUCAGAUUAUAAACUGUUUUAAAAAGCUUCAUCCCCUGAAUUACUAAUAGAAAGGAAACCAGGAUAAAUGAAUUAUGGAUAAUUGGAACAACUACUUUGA